CAGGCCCCGCCUUUUCCAGAGGACUUUUAAUUUAGCUCCGGCUACCGUUAGCUAAAGUUAGAACUACUGCAGCUGAAGCCAACUCUUCCGUAGAGAAAAUGAUCAACUGGAAGGCUUUGGACAAUGUCCCCAUGCUCCUGUACAUCCUGGCCCUCAAGACACUGGUGCUGUGUUUGGGGUUCGCAGCGGUGAAGAUCUACCAAGGCAAGAAAAUCGAGGCAGCCCUUAAAAGGGAACAGGCAGAGAAGAGGAGGCUGGCCGAACAGACGCAAAGGCUUAUUGACGACUUGAAGGAAGACUGAGCAGAGGAGGGAAGCUGCCGAACACAGGGAAACAUUUUAACCACCAGAGUAUCCAAUCACCAAUGUCUGACUGUCGGCAGUAGGGGGGCGUUUCUGUCCUCCAGGAUGUUGUUCGAGGUUUGAGUACCGGGACAGAUCACCACGUCAGUUUUAUAUAAAACCAUGUUUUAAUAGGAUAAAGUUACUUCAGAUUACUUUGGAAUCUGGAAUGAGAUGGAGAGGAGACUUUUAUUUAUUUAUUUAUUUUCAGUGAACAUCACCCCAGUAAAAGAAAAACGCAAGCGUCAGCAUUAAAUUGUCAUUUACCCCAGAUUCAGACCUAGUUUCCCCUAACAUCAUCUCCUUUGCGGUGGCUGCGGCUGGAAACGGUGAUGCAUUCUUCGACAAAGCAAAGAGUCACACAGGGCUCAGCAGUGCAGGUCUACAGAGCAGUUUGUGAUUGGACUGCCAACAAGUGAAUGUGUAGUCUAUGAAAUUAUGAAUGAAGGGGUAAAGGAUUCAUAGCACUGAUGGGAAAGACUCAAAGCUGAAGCUAGCUGCUCGCCAAGCUUUUGUAAAAACACCUGCCAUCAUUCUGCACUAUGGCAUUUACCUUGCUAGAACCCUCAUUAGGCAUUUCUUUGUUGUGUGUGUAUAUUAGGGAUGUUGCCAUACACGGGUAUUAAUGAUAUUCAUACAUUUUAUAAAUUGAUUAUCGAUAUCAUGUUAGAAAUACACAUUUAUAGUUGGGGUUGGUAUUUUAUGUGUAAUUUAUUUGUAAAAAAAGACAAAUGCACAAUAAACAAUGUAAAACAUUAAA